CUGCAACUUAGUUUGAUUGUUUGGGAUGCGCAAAUGUAUGUAUGGAACGAAUAGAAGCAGAUAACGUGUUCUAAAGCAUACUCCUGAUGUAUUUGACGUAUGGAAAUGUGAUAUGGCCGCUGAUAUUGAAACGACAUCCAAUAUGGAGUGCAGUAUUAAAAAAAAAAAGGGAAGGAAAAAUUACAAAAUUACAGUAUGUGGAAGACCAUGGUCAGAAGUGUCGUACUUCUGCAGGAUCUUGCGCGAUCGUGGUCACUCUUUGUAUGAUUACAUUAGCACCCAUCAUCAGCACUAAAGUUCUUGCCUGAUUGAACGAGAGUUGUAUUUGCCUGGUAUUGGCUUAUGUGCUGUCUACGUUGCUUCUUGCUGAUUCUGCAUACGUUUCCAAUAGAGAUACUUGGCACUGUGUACUGGCU